AUGACCUGCACUGGUGGAAAUAUGGACCCUUCAGCUGAGGGUUCUUCAGGGACAGCCAGUCCUGACCACGGUACUGAUGUUCGCCUUGCUGCACUAUGUAACAGAAUGGGACGACUCUGGUCAGAGCAAACAAUUGAAAUUUGUGAGGUUGCUGCACCACAGGACAAAGUAGAGGAAUGCAAAUUGACUCUGGUGGGUAAGAUUCUCACUACCCAGACUAUUAAUUUCCAAGCAUUUCAGAAUACUAUGAAAUUAGCUUGGCGUACAGAUCACGUAGCUAUACAUCAGAGUGAAGAAGGUAUGUACGUGAUCAAAUUUAAGUCGGAAGCAGAUAAGCAACGGAUAUUGGAUGGUGGUCCUUGGCGAUUUACCAAUCAUUUAGUUAUUUUAAAGCCUUGGAUUCCUAAUACUCCUUUGCAUUGCUAUAAUUUUUCUAUGUGCGAGUUCUGGAUGCAUGUUAUUGGACUACCUCUAGAAUGGUGUACAGACAGUAUGUUACGCAAAGCAGUGCAUCGUGUUGGUCGGGUGCUGGCAGUGAAGGUUGAAAAGAAUGAUGGUUUACCCCUAAAAGCUGGAAGAGUCAGAGUAGAAUUAAAUUUACAGCAACCUCUCAUCCCAGGUCAGCUCAUUCAAUUGGACGGAAAGACAAUAUGGUUAGAUUUUCGCUACGAGCGACUGUCUCACUACUGUUACCCUUGUGGGGUUAUCAGUCAUUAUGCUACACACUGUACGACUUAUCCCUUUGACAUUGAAAAAGCUGACAACAAGGACAAUCUUUAUUAUGGAAAUUGGCUACGUGCAAAGGUUUGUCAGCACAGUCCAUUUUGGAAUACCUUUUAUGAAACCAAGCUGUCCACUAAGGAGGUUGAGGAAGUCAUCCCUGAAACUCCACACUCGCCAACCGAUCUCAUCCCUGCAAAUCAAUCAACUAUCAAUAAUCCAAAGGAGGUUUUGCACAUACCUGCUGAAGGUCAAAUUAUAACUGCGGCCGCUUCGCUCCAAUGGAAGCCUCUUGGGCAAGCUACCGAGAUCCCUAUUACAGAAAAAUCCCCCACCAAAUUAAAACAAGCCGAAACAGGUCCAUCAAAAUCGAAGAAGCUGAAGCACUCUCACCUACAUCCUAAAGCUGGACCCAUGAAGAAAGCGAAGCGGUUUGGAAAUUCAGAUAGGUCUCUCCAUAUACCUGAGGGUCUCGAUGACAACCAACUGCAGGAGACUCCAAUCUUUGUUGCUGGCGAAUCUAAUUGCUAG